AUGCCUCCGGCGUCAGCGCAGCGAGCGCAGUUGAAUAGGCUCUUACACAAUCUGCAUCUCAAGAUCGACUAUCGACGAAUCUGGCGCAUCACACCCCACAAUCCUCCAUCCAAAAAUGUCCUCAUCGACGCCGUCACCUACAUCACCUCCCUCAAACAACAUGAUUUGAUUCGAAUCGACCGGGGUAAGGUUUCGUACGCGGAGCUCAUGCAUCGACUUGGUGAGUUGAUCGAUCUUGAGCCUCCCUCGGAAGAACAGGAAGGACUAGAACCAGGGGAAAUCCAAGAGGGAAAGCAAGAUCAAGCAUGGGCUGACGGUUCUUUUGCGUCUGAUUGUCUUAUUCUCAAGACAGCUGGUUCAUACAUCGAUAAUCUCAUCAAGACAAAAGCAGGAACUAGAGGUUAUGCCUCGAUGACCCCCAAGGGCCGGCCGAAGCCAAAAAGAUUCUUGUCUCCUACUCUAGAUUUGAUGGAGCCGCAGGUCAAGCGAUGGCGACCUACGCUUGAAGAGAGGGUCAUAUCAAGUGAUGCAGCCCAAAAGGAUGGGGAGCAGAUGGUGGCAAAAACAAGGGACAAGAAGCAGACUGGGCCUGCGGAGUCUCCGGACCUGGAGUUGGUAACAAGAAUGACAGAUAAGAAGCAAUGUGAGGCUACGAAGUCACAGGACUUGGCCGCCAUUGUUGAGAAGGACCCCCUGGGUCAUACACUGGAUAAGAUCGACGCUUGGGCGGAAAAGUGGCUUGCCGGAAAACUUCAGGAAAAAGAUUGGGACCAGUUCGAAAAGUGCGUCGAGUGA